AUGGAGGCGCCCACCACAUCUACACAAUCCGCGGCUCGAUCCUCGUGGAUCAUCAUCGCCCUGGCAAGUGGCGCAUUCGCUGCCCUGAACGGACUCUUUGCGAAGCUAACAACCGACACUCAUACGACCGCAUUCGCCCACUCCAUCGCACACCGGUUCGGACUCGAAUCCUCAAGCUUCUUGGAGCUCCUAGUUCGCGGCUCCAAAGCACCCAAGCUCUCCGAAAAGUCCCAAUCUCAAUAUGUCAAGGAACCUCACACAUCAACUAACAAGAUAUCUACGAUCCCACAGCUCUGCCUCGGUCUCAACGUCCUCUGCAACAUCAUAAUGUGGGCGCUCUUCACUCGCGCGCUAACUGCCGGACCCUCAACGACCAAGGUCUCCAUCACAAACACAUCGGCCAACUUCUUGGUGACUGCGCUUUUGGGCAUGGUGAUCUUUCGAGAAUCGGUCGGGGGGCUGUGGUGGUUGGGGGCCGCGAUGAUGGGAGCUGGUUGUAUAUUGGUUGGGAUGCGUGAUGGAGCUUGA